UUUAGUUUUAUUUUUUCUCAACACAAAGUUUAUUUUUAUUAUAUGAAGGAGGCGUAUACACCUCUUCCGUGGAGCCCCAGCCAUCAUCUCCAAGAAAAUAUUGGAAGAAAAUUUGUGCUUUGUUUGUUUCCUCAGCAAAAUCUUGUUAGGGUUCCGCUUUAUCAUAUGCUGUUAGAUCCGAUUGCAGUUCCAAUUUUUGAAGAGAAAAUUUCAGUUGCGUAGAUCUCGAUUGUUCUAUCUUCAUUUCCUCAUUUGAUUCUGAGAGAUUGUAAUCCUUUUUCAUGUUCUGUUUUGAAUUCAACUUUCCCUCCAUUUGAUUGUUGAUAUUAGAUCUUGAAAAUUGGCUCCCCAAAGACGUUCGCAGCGCCACAUGGGCGGCCAGAUGCAGCAGAGCAAUGCCGCAGCGGCGGCGGCUGCUCUGUAUGAUCAUGCCGGCCCAGGCACCGGUGGUGGCUCGCUGCACAAUGCAGGUUCCGCCAGUGACGCCGGCGAUGCGGUCAUGGCGCGAUGGCUUCAAUCCGCAGGGUUGCAGCAUCUGGCCUCUCCAUUGGCUAACACCGGCAUCGACAAUCGCCUCCUUCCCAACCUUCUUAUGCAGGGUUAUGGAGCACAGUCUGCUGAAGAAAAACAACGGCUUUUCAAGUUAAUGAGAAAUCUCAAUUUCAAUGGAGAAUCUGCUUCUGAGCCUUAUACACCUACUGCCAAUACUUCAAGUGGAGUGUCUGCGUCAGAUGGGUUUUAUUCUCCAGAUUUUCGAGGGGAUUUUGGAGCUGGGCUGUUGGAUCUUCAUGCUAUGGAUGAUACAGAACUUUUAACCGAGCAUGCCAUGUCAGAACCUUUUGAUCCUUCACCAUUCAUUCCCAGUGGCACUAGAGCAUUUGACAAUGAUUCGAAUGUAGCAACUGGCACUCAGCAAAGAGGACAACCGGAAGCAGAUGUGCCUGUUUCAUAUUCUACAAAUGAAAAAGAGAUUCCGAGGGAAAACAAUGUGGCUAAGAUUAAAGUUGUGGUACGAAAAAGACCUUUAAACAAGAAGGAGCUUUCUCGGAAAGAGGAAGAUAUUGUAAAUGUGUAUGAUAAUGCUUAUUUGACCGUCUAUGAACCCAAGGUUAAGGUCGACUUGACUGCUUAUGUGGAGAAGCAUGAGUUUUGUUUUGAUGCUGUUCUCAGUGAGCAUGUCACCAAUGAUGAGGUAUACAGGGCUACUGUUCAACCAAUUAUACCUACCAUUUUUGAACGAACAAAAGCUACAUGCUUUGCUUACGGUCAAACAGGCAGUGGUAAAACAUACACAAUGCAACCAUUACCUCUCAGAGCUGCAGAAGACCUUGUUAGAUUGUUGCAUCAGCCAGUCUAUCGUAAUCAGAGAUUUAAAUUGUGGCUUAGCUACUUUGAGAUAUAUGGAGGAAAGCUAUUUGAUCUUCUCAGCGACAGAAAAAAACUUUGUAUGAGAGAAGAUGGAAGACAACAAGUUUGCAUUGUUGGUUUGCAAGAAUUUGAGGUUUUAGAUGUACAAAUCGUUAAAGAAUUUAUCGAGAGGGGUAAUGCUGCUAGAAGUACAGGGUCUACUGGGGCCAAUGAGGAAUCUUCGAGGUCACAUGCUAUCUUACAACUUGUUGUGAAAAAGCACAUUGAAGUAAAAGAUUCAAGGAGGAAGAUUGAUGAAAAUGAUUCUAAAAGUGCGAGAGUUGUCGGAAAGAUCUCUUUCAUUGAUCUAGCCGGUAGUGAAAGAGGUGCUGACACUACUGAUAACGACAGGCAAACAAGAAUUGAGGGAGCAGAAAUCAACAAGAGUCUUUUGGCUCUUAAAGAGUGCAUCCGUGCUUUGGACAAUGAUCAGAUACACAUACCAUUUCGUGGAAGCAAGCUUACAGAAGUGCUUCGCGACUCUUUUGUUGGAAAUUCAAGGACAGUUAUGAUCUCUUGCAUUUCACCAAAUGCAGGGUCAUGCGAACACACACUCAAUACUUUGAGAUAUGCAGAUAGGGUAAAGAGCCUGUCUAAAAGUGGAAAUGCUAGAAAAGAUCAAGCUACAAAUAUACCUCCUCCAACUAACAAAGAGGUUAUAUCAGCUUCCCAGCAGGUAUCUGGUGACACAGAAGAUGUUUACGAGCAACGUCAAGAGGUGAAAGUGGCAGAUACAGGUAGAAGAGUAGUAGAAAAGGAUAAUUCCUUCUUCAACUCUAGUGCUGAUUUUGACAAGCAAUCAGGAAGUCUGCCAUCCAGUUACCCCCUCAAUGGAAGGGAUGAAAAGGGGGUUGCUUCUGGUUCAAUGGAUCGGGAGCGGUUUGAAAUGAAAAAUUCGUAUGGUGAUUCUAAUAGCCAAAGAAUGUACCCUUAUUCCCAAAACUUGGUUGAUGCAGAAGAAAAAGUGCAAAAGGUAUCACCACCUCGUAGAAAAGUACCCAGAGAGGAAAAAUCUGAAAAGUUUGGAAACUGGCUGAAAAAAGAUAGUGGUGGAUCAGAUGUAUCUUCGACAGGUUUAAAGCCGCCACAUAACAUUGGCAAUUUCAACUCAUCAGAUGCGUCUUCGACAGGUUUAAAGCUACCGCAUAACACUGGCAAUUUCAACUCAACUAAUGCACAUAACAUUGGCAAUUUAAACUCAACUAAUGCUGGUUCUAGGCGAUAUGAGCAUGAAAGUGCUGAUGGGAAUAUUAAUGCCAUACUGGAGGAAGAGGAGGCCUUGAUUGCCGCUCAUAGGAAAGAGAUUGAGGAUACAAUGGAGAUCGUUCGGGAAGAAAUGAAACUGUUAGCAGAAGUGGACCAGCCAGGAAGUCUCAUCGACAACUACGUGGCUCAGUUGAGCUUUGUUCUGUCUCGAAAGGCUGCUAGUCUGGUUAGCCUCCAAGCUCGUCUUGCAAGGUUCCAGCAUAGACUUAAGGAGCAGGAGAUACUUAGCCGGAAAAGAGUACCUCGCUGAGGCAACACUUUGUGUGCAUGUAUAAUGAUGGCUUCAUACUCUCUUGUAGUUUCUCAUCCCAAAUUUCUUUAGUGUUCACAUCUCUCUUUGGAAGAAGGGAUGGAAAACAAAAACAAAAGCAAAAACUUAAAUUUUUAUUUUUUAUUUUCGCCCUUGCACAGUUAGGAGCAAGAGGAGGAGCCAUCCUAGAAUCAUCUCUGGGAGAGGAGAGUGCAGACUUGGGCUGUUCACAUCCAGGCGGCUGUUCAUUUCUCUUGUAGUGUUGUUGUAAUUCGUUUAUAUUUUGAAGAUAAGUCUGAUGAGUUCUUGCCAGGUUUUAUGGGUUGUGUACUAUGGGCUGUUGUUAAAUGCCGACUGAAUUUGAAGUCAAAUAUUUUUAGGAAAGAAAAAGAAAUUCAAUAGAUUCGUUUUUUCAUUCUCCUGACCCUUUGUAUAUGGAAAUAGUUUGGAAAUUCAAUAUUUCAACAAUGCCAUUGGAGAUUCAAUGACAUUUUAUUUGGUUAUGAGAAAAGCUUGUAAUCUUAUCA